AAACAUCAACCCUGGAGCUUUCUGUGUGAACGGGGUAUCUACACCCACAAACUGUUCUGCUCUGGCAGAUAUGUUCAUCUCUGCAUUCGCCUUCCAACCUGCGUGUAAUGUAAGUUACAGUCGCUAUGAUGACUUCUUCAAAGCAGCCAAUAUUGACGUUCCUCCCGGUCAGAGCAUGUUCUGGUCUGGUGUGUACGGUGUCGUACAUGUGUACAGCAACCGUGGACAGAGAGCAACAGUGCUUGAAGAUACACUCAUAGGUUAUAUGGUGGACGGGUUACAGUUCUGUGCCCAGACCAAUCAGCCUGGUAUAACGUAUGAUGAAGACUGUCCUGGAUUCGAACAGACUGACAACUGUACUUACAACGCAGAGUAUUCCUUCUGGGCCAUGGCGUCGAAAAAUUAUGCAUCCCAUGCAAGGGGAGAAGCCUAUGUUAUGUUGAAUGCGAGUAGAGACCAACCUUUCCAGGAUUCAUCUUUCUUUGCAACGUGGGAAGUACCAAAUAUGAACGCCAGAAUACUGUCAAAAGUCAAUAUUCUUUUGGUUCAUGUGCCUGGACAAAAGAUAAGAUCAACAUGUAACAGCGUCAACAUCUCUGGGCUGAUAAAGCGACUGAGGGAUAAAAAUAUUGCCUCUUCUUGCCAGGACAGCCCAAGAGGACCCCAAACCAUGCUCUGUGUGGACCACCCAGCAGAAAAGGAGUGUGAUACAGGAAAACCUGCAGGCAGUGUGUCUCACCCUGAUAUCAUUGGUUGAACGCUGUUCUUUGGUCCAUCUCUCUCUGUAACUGAUUAAACGAUUGAUUCUUGCACAA